GGCUGGAGCCGUUAUCUCCCUGCUGUCAGACCCGGCUAGGAGUAAAGCUUGUCCUUAGUGCCUCACUUCCUUGGUUUCUUACAGCAUUUCCUGAGCACAAAUCGAUAAACCAUUGACAUGCUUUGGAAAGGGAAAAAACUUUUAAGGGAGGCACGGGAAGCUGAUGUUUAAACUUUUGGUCUUACGGGCCUGGAAGAGAAAACUCCUGCAAAUUUGAAGCGGCGCAGACCUGAAGAAUUGGCUGAGAAGAAGCGGAUUUGUCUCCGGUGAAAGGACAAGCAAGGAAUCCUAUGGUUUCUUGUCGCCCACAAUGUUAACUCUGCAGAAAUCAUUUUUUGUCAGAACCUACUGAUUAAACGUCGUGUCAGGAUGUGAAUCUGCAUUUGGCCGAGAGAGAUUUGCUGGGAUUUUGUUUUUUUGUAGGAAAAGAAACUCAUGGUUGUUUUCGGAUAGCUCCCGUGAUAGAGCACUUUGAGCGAAGGAUUAUUGAAGUCAACUUGUUCACCGAUGAAGAACAAGGCAGCAAAGCAGAAAGCAAAGCGGAAGGGUGCAAAGGACACUGCGUUUGGCUGUGACCUGGGCGAACACUUACAGAACUCCAAUCAGGAUGUUCCUCAAGUCCUGAAAAGCUGUGCAGAAUUCAUUGAGAAACAUGGCAUUGUAGAUGGGGUCUACAGACUCUCAGGAAUUACAUCCAACAUUCAAAGGCUAAGGCAGGAGUUUGGCACAGAGCAGCGGCCUGACCUGACUAAGGAAGUGUAUCUACAGGACAUCCACUGUGUGGGUUCCCUCUGCAAGCUCUACUUCCGAGAACUACCCAAUCCGCUCCUCACAUACGAACUCUACAAAAAAUUCACAGAGGCUGUUACUGCUCAGUCAGAGGAGGAGCAGCUGGUGAGGAUCCAAAAUGUCAUCAAAGAGCUACCUCCUCCACAUUACAGAACUUUGGAAUACCUGAGCAAACAUCUAACACACAUAGCUUCCUUUAGCACCAAGACAAACAUGCACUCCAGGAACCUGGCCCUUGUCUGGGCUCCCAAUCUACUGAGGUCAAAAGAAAUAGAAGGAUCUGGAUAUAACAAUGAUGCCGCAUUUCUGGAGGUGCGAGUUCAGUCCAUCGUUAUUGAAUUCAUCCUGAAUCAUGUCAAUCAGCUGUUCAACAGCAACACAGCCCAGCCCAAGCAGGACACUGAAGCACACAAUCCUGUUGCUAAAUGCAAGUCACUUCCUAUUGUAUCACCGUCCAUGAAGCUUUUAUCCCUGGAGGAGGCUCAGGCCAGGACCUUGAAACCAGACCACCCUGCUCGCCUUGAGAAAAUACAUUGUGCUCCAAUGGACACUGGGCCUGCUGCUGGGACCAUUUAUCACACAGUCAUCGAUCUGCCAGAUCCUAGGAGAAAGCUUUCUGCAAAGACAAAGAAGUGGAAAUCCAUAUUUAAUCUUGGGCGGCUGGGAAACGACUCGAAGGGUAAACUAAGCAGGAAUGGCAGUGUGUUUGUGAGAGCACCUCAGUUUGCAGAAAAGGGCAACAUUCGACCUGCUAAGAGUAUGGAGUCCCUUUGCUCCUUGCCAAUAGAAGAUGAAGGGAAGGGGGUUCGAUUUAAACACGGAGGAACUCUGGGAGGAGGUCUCUCCUCGUCUAUGAAAUCACACACUCUCGGAUCAGCAUGUUCCUACAAUCUAAGCCGGAGGCACAGCGAUUGGGAUCAGGAAGACCUGGUGGGUGCAAUUGGAGGAUGUGUGGGUAACAUUAGCUCAGGAACACCUGAUAAAGAGCCAGCAAUUUUGAAGGCACAACCAGAGCAGAUGAAGGUUUUUCGUGGAGAUGCCUUCAACAAAUCGGAACCAUCACCAAAGACUAGACGGUUGUUUUACUCAACAAACCUCAAUGAUUCUUCACCGAAGUCUAAUUUCCCGGGUAACUUGUUUCCCCUUGAAGCAUCGCCGCGGCAUCAUAGAAAACCAAUGGCAGUGAAUAUUUCUGAGCCUUUUUCUGUAUCUGUGCCAUUACACGUCUCAGGAAUUAUCAGCCCCAGUGCCACACCCUGCAAGGAAGCACAAAAAGAUGGACAAAGUCCAAAUGACCCAGGAUCACAGGAGUCAAUGGACAGACCAUCACCAGCUGAAAGCAGCAUCAUUUCCAUGGCCAGUGAAGAGAAGGGAGAUCUGCUCCGUAGGCAGACUGAUUCAGACCAGCACGAGUUCAAUGAUGAAGAGGACAUAGAAAAGGCUGGAUUGAAGACUGAACCCCUUGUUGUUUCCACAAAUUCAUCAUCCCAGAAUCAACCAAAGCUUUCCCUAAAUCCCACACAUCAGGACUCUGAUGCACUGCAGCCUCUCUCAUCCUCAGAGUCAGUGACCACCUCAUCUGUUUCUCCAAAGCCCUUUGAAAGCACAGAGCCGGAAGAAGUGCCUCCUUCAAUCGUUCCCUCAACAGGGAGGCCAUGUGAAGAUGAACAUCAAAGACCAUGUAGCGGGAGCAAUGAAGAGCAGCCAGCAACUAAACAGGACACAGAUUCCUCUGCCAAGCUAUCUAUGGAGCAUCUGUGGCCACAUACCAAAGAGCUUAAGAUCAUUGAACCUGAGGAAAUCACUGGGCCUCACAUCUUUCUGGAAAAGAUGGAAGAAAACUUGGUCCAAUCUCGUGAUGACAGUCAUAUUGAGUAUACACCUCUGCCUGAUGCCUCAACAGCAGUAAAUACUACUGGACAGCAAAGAAUGCACAGUCUCCCUAAUUUGUUCUUACAAAGCUCACCUCUAAUGGUUGAAACUGUUCCAGAGGAAAUGUCUUUAAACGCCACAAGUAACAAAUGUUCCAGUGAAGGGAAUAGCACCAAGACACCUGAUCAAAGCCAGGCUCAGCAAAUCAAAUCUAUGGGGUCCUUACUGAGUGCUUCCUCCAAGAUGGAGCUUAAACACCCGAUAACAGAUAAAAAUAUUUUGAAGGCGUUAACAGAGAGUUCACCAACAGAGUGUUUUGGAGCAUCUGUAGAUUCAAGUCAAUUAAUUGAUACUAAUUCAGAUGUAAAGGAUCAAUAUUUGAUUGCUUCUCAUGAAUUUCAGUCUUCAGAACCUUGCAUUAACAAACCUGAACCAAACUCAAAAAUUGAUAUUAAAUUUUCAAAACUAUGCUCAGAUGUUAGCAAUAAAAGUGAUCAAGAGGAGCAAUUAGCAGAUAUUAGCUCAAAUCUGAAAUCUGAAGCUUUGCCAACUGAUACCAGUGAACCUGGCAUCCCUGGAAAACACUGGAUGGACAAUGACACAUUAAAGCAACCUAGCUCCCUUUCAUUACAGCUGGUUGAAGUCAAAAACGAUGAGGAAGAAUGUUUGGCAAAGAUAUCACCAGAUGUAAGGCCUGAUGAAUGGCAAUAUGCUGCUCAGGAAUUAUGGUCCCCGGAUGCUUGUACAGAUAAACUAGCUCCUGAAGAGCAUUAUGAUAUGUCAUCUCAGUCUGUUAACAAGAUUGUUUGGAACAGUCAAAGCCCAGAGACUCCUUUACCAAUUUGCAAUGGUGAGUCUUUAAGCAAUAGCUCUCUUGUAAUCAAAUCUGUAAAUUUCCUCAGGGAAAUGGAGGGAACAUCCAUACAUCAGCAGCGAACUAUUUCACCAGCUGAAGAAAAUUCAAUAGCAUCUUCUAAAUUGGAUGGUCUACAUGUUGUAAGCACUGGGACAACACCGUGCUUAGAGAGCAUCAAUGUAGAAUCCACAGUGGUAACACCUGAUAGAACUGAGGCGGACUGUUUCAAGUCUGAAGAUAAGGCGCCAAUAGUUGCUUCAUACUCCACAGUCAAUAAUAAACCUUCUGUAUCUGAUGGAUCACCAGUUCAAUCAAUCCCAGUCGGUGUCACUGCUGUUCGAACGACCUACAUGAUAAAGAUGUGUCAAGUCAAAGCGAUUCCUGUCAUUCCACCAAAGGUGCAGUUUACCCAGGUCCCCCAGCCUUUGCCAAAGAAGAACCUCACACCUCCCUCCCUCCCUCUGGACAAAGUACUAACCAUUCUGCAACCAGUUGCGGUAUGUGAACCAAGUUGCCCUGACAGCAAACAAAGACUGGAUUCAUCUUUAACCAAUUCGUCGGUGGCAGAACCUGAAGACGGGAAGGAAAAUGGUCUGCCAAAGUCUCAAACACCUGAACAUGGAUGGUGCACCAUCUCUCCGGAUAUCUCACUCACCCAGUCCAAAACCAGUCAAGCAGCACCAGUUGUGAAGAAAACCUCCAAGGCAAACGGAGAAGAUUUACUCGACAGCCCAUCACCUCUGAGAAUGGAAAGGUCCGCAGUGCAGCAAAAGCCUGCGUUUACACGACACGCACAGCACAGAUCAAAGGCAAGCAGGCCCCAGAGCCUCAUCCUGUUCAGCCCUCCCUGGCCGAGCAUGGAACGCCCUUCUCCUGUAGAGCCCAGCAAGGUGCCCCUCAGCCCAGUGAAAUCCAGUCCGGAGCCACAGACACCAGAGCCGGAUCACCCAACUCCCAGCAGCUACUCGCAUGAACUUACCGACAGUCAGAAAGGCCUAGAGGGCGUCACCCUUCGAAAUCACAUGAGCAUGCCUAAAAGUGGGCAGAGGCUGGAGACCUCAACAAGUUGUUUCUACCAGCCUCAGAGGAGGUCCAUGAUAUUUGAAAAUAGAGGUGGCAGGCAAAUUGAAUGACUACUUUUAAUGAUCCUACAGACUACAGACUCCUGAUAAAAGAUUCUGUUCUUUAAUGAUCUUUUUCAUCACCAACACCAAAUGUAUUCUUCCUCCCAAGCUCAAAUGCCUGUCACAGUUUUAAAAUAUACAUCAGAGUAAGGAGGAGGUAGAGAAUGUAAAGAAUCCAGACUUGUACAUGGUAAGGAAUAAGGUUAUUUGGUUUACAAGUUAAACCAACUUUAAAUGUUAAAAAUGCUAAGCCUUUAAUAAACAAAAAACGGUGCUUGAUUCUAACUUUGAUUUAAACACAUCUGUGAUCAAAUCAAAAUGAGUGAAGGAUGGUGUAAAAUAUGCAAAGUAACAGCCAAGUAGUUCCUUAAAAAGAAUAUUUUAUAAGCUUUCUCUGAAUGAAAUCUGUGCCUUGUGAAUGUGUGGGAGCUGGUAACAGCAAAAAUCAGUCCUGCUGAUGAAUCAUCUCUCACUUUAGCCUAAUUUCUACAAGGGGUACAUUACUGUAAUAUUCCUUACAUUUUGUAGCAAUCCUUGUAAAGAGAAAGAUUUUACCUUUUGUACAAUAAGUGUGGAGGAUCCAUUGUUGAUGGUUAAUGCACUUAAUGAUUGACUUUCAUUAUCAUUGCACACCAUGUUGUUUUACAAUUGCUUACUAUACCCAUUACUCUAUUACUGAUAUUAAUAGAGCAAUGUAAAUUCAAAUUAUUUCCCCUUCCAAAAUUUUAUUGAUUUCUUUAUACCUCACAGAAAAGCAAAGAAUGACAAAUUAUGAAUUAAACAGUCACUUUUGACUAAAGCAGAUAAUCUAUUUUAGACAUACUACUGUAUUAUUUAUCUAAAUACAACCAUCUCAGAGAAUAGACAGCAUCAGUGUUUCUGUAAAUGCUUUACCAUCUCAGUUUCAAUGUUUAUGUACCUCUCAUAUGUACUGAAAUUAUUUCUAUAUUGUCAAAUAUUAAAUGUAAGUAUUUUUGUCACGUAUGAGAAUUAAACUGU